UCUCUGGCUCCUCCUACUUUAUCAGGAAAGAGAAAACCGCUAUGUAGCCAAACUGCUUAGGAGAAAACGAGCACUAUUGUAGCGAUUGUAGUAUUUUUAUAAUAAUUUAAAGCGUCGUCUGGUAUAGUAUAACCCCGUUUUGAAGAUGAAAGUGAGAUAACUAAUGUGUAUUUGUUGUUAAGAGCAGAAAUGGAGAAGCAGCCGCGUCUGUUGUGUUCUGAGCUGUGUGUUCAGCGCAGACUGUAUGAGGUCACAUUAAACUGCGCGAUUCUCGCGUGGAAAGACAUACAAAUCGCCAAAAAACACACCGGACGCGCCAUAUAUGGAGCUGUCAAAGCUGGUAGUCAUUGUGUCCCCGUGUGUGAGAUUAUAGCCGUUCAGGAAAAGGAAGAUGACUCUCCCUGUAAAGACACUGGGAAAUGGCAGAAGGUUCCUCAGAGCCCAGCAGACUGCCAGCACGCUUUCACAGUGUUCUACAUAGAGAGGACGAGGCAGCACUGCUGGCGGUGCAGCAAUGUGACUUUCCAUUGCUCUGAACAUUCCCUAUGUCUGCUCUGGGUCCAAACUCUUAGGGAGCAACUUGGAUUGUUGACCAUUCGACCGAAGAGGUUGCUGGUGUACAUCAACCCCUACGGAGGAAAACAACGCGGGAAGCAGAUUUACGACCACAAAGUGGCUCCCAUCUUUUCCCGGGCUUCCAUUUCCACCGACGUGAUUGUUACAGAGCGUGCAAAUCAUGCCAGGGACCACUUGAAGACAGAGGCUGAUCUGAAGAAGUAUGAUGGCGUGGUGUGUGUCGGAGGAGAUGGCAUGUUCAGUGAAAUCAUGCAUGGCCUCGUCUCCCGUAUGCAACGGGAUGCAGGUAUAGACGAGAACUCCAUGGAGGAGAUCCUUGUUCCAUGUGGAAUUCGCAUCGGCAUCAUUCCUGCAGGUUCGACUGACUGUAUAUGCUACGCCACAGUUGGCUCAAAUGACCCUGUCACCUCAGCACUGCACAUUGUUGUGGGUGAUUCUCAGCCAAUGGACGUCUGCUCAGUGCACAAUGAAAACAGCUUCCUGCGUUAUUCUGUGUCACUAUUGGGUUACGGGUUCUACGGAGACGUGCUGACAGACAGCGAGAGGAAGCGCUGGAUGGGCCCGGCCCGUUACGAUAUCUCAGGUGUUAAAACUUUUCUGUCACAUCGCUACUAUGAGGGAACUGUGUCCUUCUUACCUGCUGAAGGGAACUUAGGAACUCCAAGAGACAAAAUGCAGUGCCGAUCUGGGUGUAGUAUCUGUCGGCAAUCCUCGUCUGACAAACUGGUCAGCAAAGAUGAAGACAGCGUUUCUGAAGCUGAGUGUCGGGACACGUGGACGGUCAUCAGGGGGAAGUUCUUGGCCAUCAAUGCUGCCAGCAUGAGUUGUGCAUGUCCUCGCAGUCCUAAAGGUCUGUCGCCGUCAGCGCACCUCGCAGAUGGAACUACUGACCUCAUCCUUGUCAGGAAGUGCUCCCGAAUUGACUUUCUGCGCCACCUGCUGCGGCACACCAAUAAGGACGACCAGUUUGAUCACUCUUUUGUGGAGGUGUACCGGGUCAAGCAGUUCCGAUUCACCCCCAGAUAUCAGGAAUGUGAUUCCGAAGUGGACCUGAGAGAGAGCGGAGCGGGAGGCAAGCGUUUCCUUAGUCAGAUCUGCAGGGAGCACAGAGCCUGUGGCUGUAUGCCUUCCCAGAGCAACUGGAACUGUGAUGGAGAGAUCCUUCCACAGACUGCAAUUCAAGUCCGGGUCCACUGCCAGUUGAUCACGCUGUUUGCGAGAGGGAUCGAAGAGCAGCCGGUGUUUGAGGACCCGUACACUCACUGUGCAAUAUAGAUCUUCAUGAAUUCACUCCAGCUGGAACAUGAAGGAUUGAGAUUCUUUGAAUGGAAGAGUCACCUUUAGCUCAGCACAAUGUCACGCUGUUUCUUAUGCUGUUAUAUCUAGAUAAUCCUCAUGAAGAUGCUUUGGAAACACAGAUCUGGAGUCAGCAGCAUCCUCAUAGCCUCUUUAUACAGGCUGUAUUAGAAUUCUGUAAGAUAGGAUUAGCUGUUUCAGCUAGGCACUAGUAUUGCUAUUUUUUCAUUUCAACCCUUGAAGUCCUUGAAUUUGAUGGUGAUAUCUCUUGCUGUGUGCGACAGCUUCCAGUUGUCAGCAUUUGUCUUCCACCACGAUCAAGCUGGUCUUGAGAGUAGCGUUAAUUGAAUUCCAAAGUCAAAUCCUUGGAACUGUGAACUGUUUUGGUUAUGAAACAUUCCUCUUGGUAGCACCUUUGCUGUUUUGUCUAGAUAGAAAGCACAUGAGGUGGUCAGACCAUAAAGAUAAUGGUAUACCAAAAAAAGGUUGUGGUUUGUGUUGAACUGUUUGUUGGUUAUUAAAAAAAAUGAAAAUUCUGGCAUCAUUUAAAAAAAAAGUUCCAAGCAAAUUUUGGCAAUUUUAAGUUGUUAAUCAUUGCCAGCAACGAAAAAAAGUUGUUGGUAAUUAAAACAAGCUGAAAUAAAAUAAAAUUCAUAUUAGAUGAAAAACUGAAAGAAAAAAAAAUUUAGAAAUGUUGCCUUGACAACUAACUGGAAUAAAUAGUUUUAGUAUUUACAGUACUUCAACUCAAACUUAAGACUGAAAUUAAAGCUAAAUAGAAAUAUUUGAAAUAUAUAUAUACUAAUAAAAAAAAAUACUAAAAUUAAAGUGAAAAUGGAAAAUAUAAGGGGGCGUUUACACAACACCAUUUUCAACUAAAAACAGAAAACUUUUUAUGCGUUUUGGCCAUUAAUUUGCACAAUGUGUUUUGGAGGCCUGAAAACAGGUUUCAAAGUGCACGUUUUUGAAAACGAUACUGAAUUCGUCUCCAUGUUAACUACAAAAAUGCGAAUUUGUGAAAACGGUGACGUCAUGCGCAUGUGUAUUAUGUGUUCAAUCUAUAGGCGCGUCGUGUUUCUUUACAAAGUGACAUCGCCAACUACUGGCCUGGCAUGAAUAAUGCAUUUUUGCAUUUUUGGUUGUUUUCACAGAUCCGUGUUACAUUCCCUAAAAAUAAAAGCUAAUUCAACAUACUAUACUACACUAAAUAUACUAUAAUUUUAUAUAAAUAAAAGUAUAUUAUGAAAUAACUUUGAUCACUUAGGUAUAUACAAACUUGUCCUUUUGUAUUUGGUUACAACUUACAUGACAACCAAUGGCUUGUAUUUUGGGAAAAAGCAGCUAAGACAUUCUGCUAAAUCUCUCUUUUUUUGUGUUUUACUAAACAACAUACAGGUUUGGAACAACAUGGGAUGGCAGAAUUUUCUGUUUUUGAUGAACUAUUCCUUAAAUUUAGCAUGAAGUAACAUCUAUGAUGUAGACAGUGUAGCCUACAUAAAAUAAUUUUUUGCACUUGAUUAGUAACAUCCUGUUAUUUAUUUAAAAGCAACAUUUACUGUUAUUAUACAAAUAGCAUGUCCAAUCAGUAUGAAUCCGCUUCCCCCCAAAAAACACACCUCUUAGAUAUUUGACCAAUUCUAAUUCUAAUUUCCCACCCUUACCACAGUCAGUUUUGUUUUCCAGACAUUUCAUGCAUCUAAAUGUAGCAACAGUGAGCUUGACUACAAGAGUUGACGGCUACACGAUAUCACUGCAGGGUCAGUGUAUGUAUGGCUGUUCAUCAGACAGAAUGUAAAGGAAUAUACUGUAGCCCUCUUCUCUGCGCUGUCUUCCUUGAAUGCAACCCCCUCCCCCCCAUCUCCCCCACCUAGAGAAUAUUUCCUCCCUUUAUAAUGAAUGUUGUGUUUGUUUCCUAUGCCAAGGUCUUAUUUCUUCUGAAAGAUCUUAUUGUUCUUGCAAUAUCAAAGGAUGAAGGAGUUUAUGAUAUACAGAGAAAUUGCUUUUCGCUGUAGUGCAUGUCUGCUGCUUUAAUAUGCAUUUUUUUAAAAGUUGUUUCUUGAGCUGUACUAGUGAUUGAGAGCAUUGAUUUCCCAUGAUGCAUCUGUCGAGGCUACACAAGUUCUGUAGCCAUUACAAACAAAACAAAGUUCAUGUCCUUCAUAGACUAGAAGAUUGUAUGGAAGCUUAUUUUCACUACAUAAGGGGGAAAAAAUCAUGCUUUGGCAAAUCAUGUGAAAGUUGAAAUUAUGAGAUAAAAAGCCAUUAUGAGAUAAAAAGUCAUAAUUAUGAUAAAUGCAUUUUUUUUUUUUUUUUUUUUUUUUUUGUCAUAAUUGACUUUUUAUCUCUUAAUUUUUCUUGUGUCAUAAGACCUUAUUGCCACUUUUUAUGUUAUAAUUUUGACUUUAUCUCAUUAUUAUGACUUGGUAUCUCAUGGUAUUUUGACUUUUUGUGCCAUAAUUAGGAUUUACCAAUUUCUUAAAAACAUUUUAAAAAGAAAAUUAAGAAAUUAUAUUUUCCAUAACUGUUUUUUUUUUCUUUAAUUUAUUGUAGUGAAAUAUGACCCAUAUUUACUAAAGGAAGACCAUAGGAAUGAUGUCCCUGUAUGUGAUCAGGCAAUUCUAGAGCUCCCAAGAGCCUCUGCUGUUAUGAAUUAUGAACUGUGGCUUGUUAUUCUUGUGUGUGAACAGUAUUUGUGUCGUGUGUAGUAUUAGCCUUGUGUCAAAGCUUGUGUAUUUGACACCGACUCCUAUUUGACAGCCCACUUCAGACCUAAUCAAACCCAGUACAUGCUGUGUAUGCACAUGAUGUGCCAGAAACUUGCCCUACUGAUCCAAAGAUAUCAAUCACAACCCAUUUUAAUCACUUGAAUGUGGCCACUUUUUUGAUUUGCAUGCCCUGGUGGCUGCCGGUCAUUUAUGGCCCAUGACAGGUGACUGUAUAAUGUACUGCAAUGGUUGUCCAGUACUGUGUGUAUGUUUCCAGCUGAAAGCAGGGUGUCACCUGACCUUAUGCAGUCGAGCACUUGUCAAGACUCAGUAAUGACUGAGAAUGAAGUCAUCUUGCAGGACUCGAGAUGAUGUGUAAGACCUGUUGAUGUUUAAUUUGAUUUGUUGAACGAAACGCAAAGAAAAUCCAUUAAUAAAGUUUGUUAAACAACCUUUAA